UCAAUGAUGCUUGAAGAUAAUUACAUACAUUUACAUCGGCAUUUCAAACACGAGUCAAAUCUUUUGGCUUCAUAUUAUGAAAAAGCUGGUUUGUCUUAUUCAAAAUGAGUCUUAAGUUCAUAGUUGUUACUAUUCUUUGCCAGCUUGUUAUUUCUGAACAGAAAACUAUAGAGAAAAUUGCAUUAGACACGGCACAGAUUGAAGAACUAAACAAUUUACUCACAGAAUUGGAAUUACAAAUCAAUAAAGAGCAUAAAAUACACCAACAUUUAGAAAAACAAAAGGACAAAGCAAUUCUAGAAGGUAAUGACGUUUUAAGUCUUCUCCUACAGAGGAAUCAUGAUGACAAAGAUCGGUCGGAUGAAGGUGUAUUGAAAUAUAAAAAUGACAGGGAUUGUAAGUCUGGAAGAUGUGGCUGUUCUAGGGGGCGAUGCGGCAAUAAUAGAGCUGAAAGUAGUUCUGACGAAGUUACGAAGCUCUUAGACUCGCUAGAGAAGACUAUAGACAGGGAUGGGGGAUAUGAUCACACCAGAUGUGGUAGAGGAAGAUGUGGUCAUGAUAGAGAUGGCAAAAGCAACGAUAUCCGCUGUCAAGGAGGUAGAUGUGGAAAAAACAAAGAUGAUUUGGACAACAGAGAUGAUGAACCUAGUUUGAGAGCUAGCAGAGAUAUAAAACAGGAGUUAGAAAAAUACGGCAAGACGUACAAACUAAACAAUCAAUUAGAUGUUGUCGUAUUGAACGCAGAGAAUGUAGGUAAUACUGUAAAAGAACUAAAUAAGAAAUGCAGUAAGUAUGCUAAUUGCAAAGUACUCGACUAUAGUAAAGCAAGAUCUCUCAGAUUUAAUGAAGAAAAGGAUGAUUUAAACGCUGUGAUACUCGAUCUAACACAUCUACUAGAUGGCAAUACCUUAGCAAAAGAUUUAAAUAAUGCGCUGACUAAAUCCGAUGAUUCGCAGAGAGACCAUUUAUCUCCAGAAGAUCUGGAUAGGUAUUACCAAAAUUACAAAAAGACCGCUUUUAAUGACGUAGUACGUUAUGUAAAAGACAAAAGCGGUCGCAGAGUUUUAUCUGUAAAAUAUUUGUCUGGAAAGCAAAAACAACUGAUCGAAGACGUUAAAACGCUACUCUUGAAAGGUGGAAUUGGUCUAAACGAUAAAAAAGUCGUGAAGCAGAUAGAAAAAAUCCUUUUUGGGAAGGACAGUUCAAUGAAAAUUUACCCACAUGUAGAGCAUAAUCGUAAUAUUUAUGUACCAAAGUAUCUGUACGAACGUAUUGAAAAAUCCAAAAGUCAAUCUAAUCUCAGAGUCCAUAAACGUAUUUUACCAUUGACUUUGAAGCAACGACAUAGAUUAUUGAAGAGUCCUGUACAUUCAUUGCGUCGAAAAUCAGACCCAGGUGAAUAUGGAGUGCCAUUUGAACUUCAGGUUCAAGGUUUGGGGCAAGCUGUACCUUGAGGCAUUUGUGCCCAUAAUUGCUUAAAAUGUUCAAUUAUAAUAACUGUUUUAUUUUUA